CCCUCCAUUCACAUGCACUAAUUUGAUUCACCCGUGUCCCCAGGCCAGAAUCUCAUCUCAGAGCCAGGGGAAAAACGACGAGAAAAGGCUAAGGUUCAUUUUUUUGUGACGAUUCCAUUAUUGAAGAUGAAGAUCGAUAAUUAUCAUCAGUUUGAAGAUCAGUUUUCUACAAGUCCUUCAAUCAUGGCGUCAUCAGUAGAUACAAUCUCAGAGAGACACUCUUCUUUCUCUCAAGAUGAUGAGUCUAUUUUUGUGAGUUCAGAUGACCACUCCCCGAGCUUCAGGACGAAUCAGGAUGACUCUGCUAUUGUUCCCCAAAAGAAGUUCAGGAAGAAGGUCAGGAGUUAUGCUUACAGAAUCCGAGAGCAUGUGAAGAUGAGUCCGAGGUUGUCGGAGACAGUGAAAGGGAAAUUGAGGCUGGGGGCAAAAAUAAUAAAAGAAGGUGGAAGAAGACAAAUGUUCAGGCACAUAUUUAACGUUAGCGACGAGGAGAAGUUGCUCAAGGCUUCGCAGUGCUACUUGUCAACCACGGCUGGUCCUAUCGCCGGAAUUCUGUUUGUUUCGACGGAAAAAGUGGCGUUUUGCAGCGAACGACCCAUCGUCCUUCCUUGUCCCACCGGCGGUGUCGUUAGAACACCAUACAAGGUGAUUAUUCCAGUGAAGAAGAUCGAGCGAGCUAAUCCAAGUGCCAACGUGGACAAACCAUCUCAGAAGUACAUUCAAGUAGUGACGAAAGACAAAUUCGAGUUUUGGUUCAUGGGAUUCGUACGAUACGAGAAGGCUUUUCUGAAUUUGCAGAAGGCAAUUUCUAUCAAUUAAUCCUUUCUAUUUAUUUUUAGGUUCUAUAUAGAGAAUUUGAAAAGAAAAAAAAAAGUGUAAACAUUUGAAAAUUAAGCAGAGUGCCUAGGAAUUUGGUGUGUACAAAUUUCCUUUUUCUUAAUCUUAAAUAUAUAAAUGUCAAUUUAUCAACUCCCAA